CCUGACACAGACUUCUUCAGACCAACUACAGUUCUGCUUUGCAAGUCUAACUUCUCUGCUUGAUAGCAAUGAACAAACGCGACAUGUUUGACCAUGUUUAUGAUAACACCCUAUGGAUGAAAAAGAACACACGUGGAGAGAAGAGUUCUGACAAACAGAAGAGGCAUUGUACCUGCAUAAGCAUUCUCUCUGUUGUCUUCUCACUAUCUCUACUUGCUAAUGUUAUACUGGUAUGCCUGUAUUUUGUUAAAAACACAAAUAUGUUUUUGCAUUGUGAGCCGGCGAGAAACUGCUCAAAUUCAGGUCAUGAACAAGUUAACAAAAGCUGCAAGUAUGAAGAGAACUGGAAGUCAUUAAACAACUGCCCAGAUUUGCCAGAGCAGUGGUUGAAAGGCAAAGGCAGUUUCUAUGUUUUCUCCAGCAACAACAAAACCUGGAGCUCCAGCAGGCAGCACUGUCAGAGUCUUGGUGGAGAUCUGGUCAUUAUUAACAACCCCGAAGAAAAGGAUUUUCUUGCCGAGAAAUUAUGUAUAACUGGAAAAUCGAAUCUCUACUGGACUGGCACUAGUGAGAGGAACUGGGAAGGUCAGGAACAAGUCAACUGUUUUGCACUUAAAGGAAAUACACAAGGAAAAGUGUCUUGCCAGAGAAAUGAGAGAAGCAUCUGUGAGAUUCCUUGCCUCUAACAAACAAAAGGCUGAUUACUUUUAUGGUUGUUGAGUUUUUUUAAACUCUUUCCCCGCCAUUGCAGAGUUAUUUCGUCAAUUAAGAGAAAUUGUUCCCUGCUAAUGACGCUGCCAUGACGAGUUUUUACGUUAAUCUAAAUUACCGCUAUUACCCACUAGGUGGCAGUCUUGCCUAACUUAUCAAACACUUAAGUACCCACUGAUUCAAAAACACCAAAAACUCUGAUUGAUAACAAAAGUCCUUAACCAAAUUGGAAUUAUCCCUAAAACCUGCCCAUAUUUGAGAGGUGAAAUCAGUGUUAGUACACUUAAUGCGUUGUUCCAGAAUACACACCUCUGUGUUAUUAUUGGAACAACACAUUCUGUGUUACUUUUAACACAACUUAUGGUUUAUUUGAACACAAAAUCAACACAAAAUGACACAUUAUGUGUUAUAAUGACACAAAAUGUGUUAAAUGUCAUAACACAAAAAAAUGUGUUAAAAAAUUAAUACACUUUCUUAGAGUUUAUUUAUAGAAGAACAUUUUCUGGAAGGCAUGAAACUUUUGUGAAAAUCAUUUAAAUGGCUAGUUACUUUUUUUAAAUGCUGGCAGGGAAAAGUAAAAUAUUUCUUUAAUUUUACUAAAUAAAAUGUCUUAGCAAUUUUGUCUUACAACAGCGAUGAUAUAUAUUUUAUAUUAAUAUGUUUAUAAGAAUUUUUGAUUAUACUUGUUUGUUUACCAUGUAUAUUAUAUUAAGCCAUUCUUAGUCUGUUAGUUUAACAUUGUGUUAAUUCAUAAACCCAGAAUAAUAUAUAUUUAAACUCUCAACAGAGAAUGCAUUAGGUUUAUUUCAAGUCACAUAGUGUAUUUAUGUUGAUUUUAUGCAAUAAAAAGUAAAUUUGCAUAAUUUUUCUGAAAGUUAAGACUGAAUGGACCUGAAAAUCUCAAAUGGUGUAACCGCCAAUUGUGCCAAAGAAUGAGAAUAUUAAAUAUUGUUUCCACCUUGAUGGCAUGUACGCGUUAUAUAUAUGCUGAAAACAGCUCUAUUUUCUAAAUAAUCUUUGACAAAUUAAAAAAUCAUAUUACACUAAAUUAGAUGAUUAUAUUUGAUUCCACAGUUUUUAUUAAUAUAUUUAUUUUUCCAUAAAAAAAUACUAGUUACACCAAUUGACACAGACCGGUGACACAAAAUAAUUAAGGUAAUGUCAUUGACCCUUUUACAUGAUCGAGGUGGAUAUGAGCUAUGUAUUUCUAUUUUUUGUAAAGCAUUUCAUUUCUCUUCAAAAGCAAUUUUUUUACUUUUGAUGUACAAUUCAGAAAUAAAACGGUUUUGAUUUUUUUAGACUAAAUGAGGCUAUUUGUCUAUUUUUAUGUGAACUCUCUAAUUGGUGUACUGUGUCAAAACAAGUGUCAAAUAUGUAGAUGUUGAUUAUCAGAACAUGAAAUGUACUUUAAAGCACUAUUAACCAACUGACGGGAAAUUGCGUGCAAGCUUAAUGUUUCCGUCAAAAUGGCUGUGGCUAACCAAAACACCCCCACCAGACACGAAACACCUGCCUGUCUUCUGUAUUUUAUCACAUAUAGGACAAACAAUGUUUUCUUCAACACUGAAUAUAUCUUUUUCCACAUAAGAUGCCUAAGAAAAUGAGAGACUCCAAAUUUAAAGAUGACCGACAUUGUUCCAGAGCAAUGCUGCCGCUACUCUCUGUUCUUCUGUUUUUGUCUUUGGUAGCAAAUGGGGGACUGACAUACAUGUAUUACAACAAAUAUGUGAAUCGACAUUGUGAACUAUGCUCGAAUUCAGUUUUUCCACAUGUAGAUUUUCAACCAAUCAUCUCCAAGAAUAUUAGACAACCAAACUAUUGUUCAGAUUUGAAAGAGAAGUGGUUUAAGUCAAAAGGCAGAUUUUAUGUUUUCUCCACUGACACAAUGGACUGGAACAGCAGCAGGGAACGUUGUCAGGCCCUGGGUGGAGACCUGGUCAUCGUCAACAAUAAAGAGGAGGAGGUCUUUCUUACUAAACAUGUGGGUGAUUUAUAUAACUUCUACUGGAUUGGCUUGACUGACAGCCAGACUGAGGGGGUGUGGCUUUGGGUAGACAACACCCCUUUAAACAACAACCACUCGCAAGUAUCAUUUUAAAAGCCUGUCAGGACAUUAAAGGUCACAUUCUUCCUGAUUCCAUUUUUCAAACUUUAGUUGUGUGUAAUGUUGCUGUUUGGAUUACUUCCCGGUUAAAUGACAUCAAUAUUAGAGUUUUUGACUAAACUCCGCCCACAGGAAUACAUCAGUCGCCAGCUAAGCUCAAACAGCUCUGCUAAACUAAGCUGCUGUUGAAUCACAACACACUAAACAAAAUACACAAUCAGAAUUUGUUAUGUAUUUCUGAAGGAGGGACUUCAUAGAACAAGGACAACAUCAGAUCGUUUUUAGGACAGUGAAAACAGCGCUAUACAGAUAAGUAAAUUGUGUGAAAAAUACUGUGUUUUUUAACACGUGAAACAUGAACACAUGUUAUAUUGCACACUAUAAACACAAUCAAAGCUUCAAAAACACAGGAAAAAUGGGACCUUUAAUAUCUGAUGUGCAUGACAUUACCUUUGUGUCAGCAUAAAUUUGUGUCUCGUGAAUGCAAUAAUGGAUAAACUCAUAAAUGCCUUUUAUUUUGUACUUAAUUUAACAAUCCAUUGUUCACAUACAUACUUUAAAUUAUUUCUCUCUUAGAUGGGAGUAUCCUCCGGAUGAUUGGAAAGGACAAAAUCCACUAGGUGAAGACUGUGUUAUCCUAAAAAAAAAAACUAAAUGGGGUGACGUUUCUUGCUUAAGGAGAGAGAAAAGAAUAUGUGAGAUACCCUGUUCUUACCCUUAGUGAUGUACAUUUUAACCAUGUCUAGACGUAGCUUAAAUACAUUAUAAAAUGUAAGUCACAUCAAUUAAAAAUUUUGACUAUACUGAUGAGUUGCUAUAGCUUAUGAAAACAAGUUAAUUUUAUUUAACUUAUAUUAAACAGUAUUAGUUUUUAACAUUGUAUUACUGCAUGACUUA